AAAGAGAGUUGCAAUAUGCCUUUGGGGAAAUACGACUGCGAAUACUGCAACAAACAAUUCCAAGACACUCCGUACGCUCGCAGACGACAUCUUCAGUCUCUCCAACAUCUUCGAGCCAAAGCUCAAUGGUUCGACUCCUUCAAAGAUCCUAAUGAUGCUUAUGCGCAAAGCUUGGGAAGAGGGGUUUGCAAUCGCUUUGUCAACACGGGAUUUUGCCAAUAUGGGGAUGCUUGCAAGUAUUUUCACCCCAAAAACAAUCAGCAGAAUACAAUUACUCAAGGGGCAUCAGGUGUAACUGAUAAUAGUCAGUCUUCAACUAUUCAAGGGAAUCAAAUGGUUGCAGGCAGCUCUUUGCCAGAUGUGGUGGUGAGAGAUAACAUGGGAAUGUCAUGGGGAAACCUACCGCCAUCGCUAAUGCCUCCUCCGGAGGGUGGAUAUCCUCCACUUCCUUUUGUGGACUGGGGAUGAGUUCUAUGUGUCUCGUAUCCGCCAUUUAGGUAAUGCUGUACCCUUAAAUGUUACUAGCUUAGGCACUUAGCUGCACAAUGAAAUAUGGAUCCUCUCAUUGAAAUGAUGAGACACAGAGAUCGUCUUCAACCCAUGUAGGGAUGAAGCUUGUGUUCUGUAUUGUUUCACAGUUUCACAAGAACGUGUUGUUCAUGUAUUUCUCUCUUGAAGAGAAUGUUUUGUACUUAGCAAUAUAAGCUCAUUUCAUCACCA